CUCAGCCCCAUCCAGUGUCCCUCAGCCCUGAGGCCAGCCCACUCUGGCUUGGCCAAACACACUAAACUUAGCUUCUACCCCCCGCACCAGAGUCACUGCCACCACCCCAGCCCGGCUGCCACCUGCCUGUGGAGCCACUGCCACCAGACCCUUCCCAGACCACCUACUCCUCCACGACGACCAUGUCCCAGGCCAAAACGCUGAAGGUCCUCAUGACCCUCUUCUGCAUCCUGGUGGGCAUCGUGCUGGCCACGGUGGCCGUGGUGACCGACCACUGGGCUGUGCUGAGCCCCCACAUGGAGCACCACAGUGCCACCUGCAAGGCGGCCCACUUUGGUCUCUGGCGGAUUUGCACCAAGAGUAUCAUCAUGAGCAACAGCGAGGACAAGAGCUGUGGAUCCAUCACCCUGCCUGGGGAGAAAAACUGUUCCUACUUCAGGCAUUUUAACCCAGGCGAGAGCUCAGAGAUCUUCGAAUUCACCACUCAGAAAGAGUACAGCAUCUCGGCCGCCGCCAUCGCCAUCUUCAGCCUCAGCUUCGUCAUCAUAGGAACCAUCUGCGUGCUCCUGUCCUUCAGCAAGAAGCGGGAUUACCUGCUGAGGCCGGCAUCCAUGUUCUACGCCUUCGCAGGCCUCUGCAUCUUCGUCUCGGUGGAGGUCAUGCGGCAGUCGGUGAAACGCAUGAUCUACAGCACGGACACCGUCUGGAUCGAGUACUACUACGCCUGGUCCUUCGCCUGCGCGUGCGCCGCCUUCGUGCUCCUCUUCCUGGGCGGCCUCGCCCUGCUCCUCUUCUCCCUGCCUCGAAUGCCCCGGAACCCAUGGGAGUCCUGCAUGGACGCCGAGCCCGAGCACUAGCCCUCCUGGGGCCCCAGCGAUCCUCAGGGCUUUCCCCUCAGCAAUCCGAGCCCAGCCCAGACACUCUAGAAAGAGGCGGGAGCUUUCCAUCUCCCCUGUUCCCACCUGCCCUGCGACAGCUGCCGCUGUUUCCCCUCUCUGAGCUCUUCUCUGGGCUGUGACAGGCACCUCCACGAACCCAGCAAGAGGACGUGAUUCAGACCUGCCCACGGUGGGAAAGAGGCAGGUCUGGCAGGUGCGCAGGUGUUUGCAAAGGCCUGACCUUCCGCUGCAGCUCGAAGUUGGUCCCCACGGUGCCAGCUGUCUUUGAUAAGCUGGCUGCCGUUGUCCUCUUAGCCUUAUAGAGACGGUCUGUGCGUACUGCCAGCUGCAGAUGUUCUCCUGUGUCAAUAGCCAGCCCCUCUGUCCUCAGAGACAAGACACCCCCUUUCCCGUGAGCUGAACAUCCCGUCCUUGGCUUCCAGGAGGCCUGAGAAGCAUUUUUAACUGGGUAUUUUCUGACUGUGGUUUGAAAUAAAAGAUCUUUGAAAA